AUGGAUCUAUUUAAUAAGAUUGCAUUUUCCCUUUCCCUUUCCCUUUCCCUUUCCUUUGCAGAUGGCAAACUGAUGUUCAAGCAAGUUCCUCUGCUGGAGAUCGAUGGCAAGAAUCUUAUUGGGAGUGAGUGCGUUCUUCGCUAUGUCUGCAACAAGGCUAAACUACAAGGGAAGUCAGAUGACGACCAAACCAAGAUUGAGAUGCUGUCGAUGGGAGCCAAGGACAUGCUGAAUGCAGGAUUCAGUGGUGCUAAGUUUGAGGCAACGUCGGAGAAGGAAGAAGAGAUGUUGCAGAGUGCAGCCAAGCAGUGCAAGGAUAGGUACCUACCAGUCUUCGAAAAAGUUUUGGGUGAGAAUAAGUCUGGGUUCCUUGUCGGAGAUUCGCUCACUAUGGCUGACCUCAUGUUCUUUGACGGUCUCAGCUUCGUGAACGAGAUCCCCCAGGUCAAGCCGUUGUUAGAUGAAUUUCCAAACUGCAAGGCCUUCAUCGUCCAUUUCUCUAUUCAGCCAGGAAUUAAAGAGUACCUUGCUAGCCCAAGGCGCCACCCUCCUCCCAACGAUGAGUAUGUGCAGGGUGUCCGGAAAGUCCUGAUUCCACCAAGUUCCUAAUGCAUGUUGUGUGCUAGGCAAGUUUGACAAUCACAAUGGAUCCAUCUCAUAUUCACCACCUUUCAGCAACAAGCAAUCUAUGUUCAGGGUUUCAGUGAAAAAAAUACAAGGGGGGCUCGGGCGAGAUAGCCCCCGAAAAGCCCAAAAGAGCCCCCGAAAAUCAGAAAAGGGCCCUGUAAAUUUGCAUAGAGUUCAAUGCAAAACAAAUUUUAGAAUGUUAGUUUCAUGUAGGCAAGCUUGAAAAGUAGUGUCGAAUGUUAAAGGGUAAUCCAACCUUAGAGGUAUAGACCAGUUUUUGAAAUGCCCCCCUC